CUUUAGCGAGGCGGAAGUAAAAAAAAACAAAACAAAACCACCGGACGCUCCGGAAGUAUUUAUGGCUCGGUGGUUACUUGGAGUUGAGUGUAUUUAGUUGCCGGAAUCGUCGUCAUCAUGUUUCUGACGGUGGUCAAUUUGGCCAAGAAAGCCAAAUCAAAGUAUAUACUUGUGAGAAUGGUCAGUGAAGCAGGAACAGGCUGUUCUUUUAAUGUAAAAAGACUCCGGCUUCAAGACAAGCUGGUAAUGCUAAGAUAUGAUCGCUUUGUCAAACAGAAAGUCCUCUUCAAAGAACAAAAAAAGAUCUGUUCUGUGUAACUGAUGCUUGGCUAAGAAGAUUUGUGAAGACGUAUACAAGGAAAUACGAAGGUGGCAAUGCUGAAGAGAGAAAACGAACUGAGAUGGUCAAAGUCAAUUGUAAAUGAAAACAUCACUGAAAGAUAUUUAGAAUAUGGAUUUUCAUCAAUAACUUUGUUUUUAUACUUGUGAAUUAAAACUCUGAAUCUAC